AUGGUACCAUAUUCCCUUCCUGUCUCCGGUGCCUCAUGCGUGUUCCAGAAUGAAUGGUAUUCACAAUGCCUUCCCGGAAGCGGCGGCGGAGCGACUAGUGCAACGAGCUCAACACGAGCGACUAGCUCUACUCGCGUAAGCACCACCGCACCCGCGACUACGCAGCCACCUACGACUGUGCAACCUCCUUCCGGUAUCACCACUACUCUGCCUGCCUCUGCUGGCUACACCGCCCUCCCUACCGCUAGAGUCAUAUCUAGCUCCUUUGAUGGAGGCAUGGUGCGAUUCGACCGUGCCGGAAGCAGCGGCGAAUGUCAGGGUCAAAACGAAACUGGAGAAGAAGAUGCUGUGUUUAUCUUGGAAUCCGGAGCGUCCAUUUCGAACGUCAUCAUUGGCAAGGAUCAAGCAGAAGGCAUUCAUUGCCGUGGCCCAUGCACUAUCACCAAUGUUUGGUGGGAAGAUGUUUGCGAAGAUGCCGCCACUAUCAAACAAACCGGUGCCAACGAUGUCACUACUAUUAACGGGGGUGGUGCCUUCCACGCUUCCGACAAAAUCUUCCAACACAACGGUGCCGGGACAGUAAAGAUCAACAACUUCUUCGCCUCCGAUUUUGGUAAACUCUACCGUGGCUGCGGAAACUGCGCUACCUCGCAUGAGCGCCACGUCGAAGUCAACAAUGUCUGCUUCAAGGACGGGAAGGAAGGUGUUGGCAUCAACGCCAACUGGGGCGACACCGCCAUCCUCUCGAACGUCAAGACGAACAACAAGCCCACCGCCAAGAAUGUGUGCUGCGCGUACAAGGGCGUUGCCAAGGGAUCCGAGCCCUCGAAGAUCGGGUGGUGA